UUAGAUUGAUUCUUGACUCAGGCUCGCACAGAACAUAUAUCACGAGGGAUUUGGCCCGUCGUCUCAGACUAAAAGAAGAAGAAGAGCAGGAAAUCCAAUUGGUAACCUUUGGAAGCGAAAAAGAAAAAUCGAUAAAAACAAGAUCAACAAGAUUAAAAGUGAAACUCAAGAAUGGAAAGUACAUAACUUUGGUUGCAAAUAUAGUAUCAAAUAUCACUGGAACAAUUACCCGCAGACAAGUAAAACUAGAUUCACCAAGACAGUUCUCUGGCUUAACAAAAAAUCUAACACUGGCUGAUACAAUUCCAAACAAGAAUGAAUCAGUUUAUCUCGAUUUACUAGUAGGAAAUGAUUACUAUUUAGAUAUUAUACAAACAGAGAAGAUAGAAAUACAACCUGGACUUUAUUUGCUGUCGUCCAGUCUCGGAUGGAUAUUGUCGGGCAGAAUGAAAACAAGUGAUAUUGCCGUAAACACAAAUGAUUCAGCUAUGUUAAUUCUUACGUACGGAGAUAAUAUAACUGAAACCAAACUUUUUACAGAUGUUGACGAAGUCAUUCCAACAAAACCUAACUUGGAGGACUUUUGGAAUAUUGAGAGUCUUGGGAUUACAGAUACAUAUGACAAACCAGACGAUCAGGCUGCUAUGACACAUUUCAGGGAAACUCUACAGUUUGAAAACGAUAGAUAUCAGGUUACUUGGCCUUGGCGGGAUGAGUUUCCAGAUCUUCCAGAAAAUCGGGGAUUAGCAAAAGGGAGAUUGAAAUCACUCGUUUGUAAGCUAGCAAAACAACCUGAGCUCUUGAAAAGAUAUGACGAUGUCAUUAAAGAUCAGCUAGAAAAAGGAAUUAUUGAGAAAGUUGAUAGGGAGUUAAGUGACGGGUUAAGGCAUUACAUUCCACACCACGUUGUGAUCAAACCUGAAAAAAGUACGACAAAGAUGAGGAUAGUGUAUGAUGCCUCUGCAAAGACACGAAAAGAAUAUAAAAGUCUGAAUGAAUGUUUAUAUAGAGGCCCAGUCUUAUUACACGACCUGUGUGGCAUUCUAAUGAGAUUUAGAUUGCAUAAGAUUGGCCUUGUGUCAGACAUAGAAAAGGCAUUUUUACAAGUAGGACUACAAAAGUCUGAGAGGGAUGUGACACGAUUUCUUUGGGUAAAGGAUUUGGAAAAUCCUGUUGUGGUAGAAAACAAGAUAGAGGAAUACAGAUUUUGUCGCGUUCCUUUUGGAAUCAUUUCCAGCCCUUUUUUACUGGGAGCUACUAUUGAAAGUCAUCUGGAUAAACAAAAUUCGGAGUUGGCAAAACAGCUGAAACAAAACAUAUACAUGGAUAAUGUGAUCACUGGAGUGAAUUCUGUAACCGAAGCAGUGGAGUUGUAUGAAACAGCCAAGUCAAUGUUUACAGAAAUGAGUAUGAACUUGCGUGAAUGGAUGACGAACAAUGAAGAAAUUCAAUCGAUAAUACCAGAUGAUGAUAAAUCAGCAGGCGGUAUUGUGAAAGUAUUAGGUCAUUUGUGGAAUGCCGAAAAUGAUUCCAUACAACUGAAAGAUCCCAAAUUAUUGAAAGAUGUCAAAGUGACAAAGAGAAAUAUUCUGAAGCAACUUGCAUCUGUGUUUGAUCCUUUAGGAUUAUGUUCUCCACUUUCUUUACGUGGAAAGAUAUUGCUGCAACAAAUAUGGAGCAAGGGCUAUGACUGGGACGAUUUAUUAGAGAAGAAAGAUUCCGAUGCAUGGGUGGAAAUAAGAAGCGACUUGGAACAAAUUGAAAGUGUUAGGUUUCAAAGAAAUAUUUGUAUGACAAAUGAUGUGAAUAAUGUUGAAUAUUCAUUAGCUUGCUUCUGCGAUGCUUCAGGCAAAGCAUACGCUGCAUCGAUAUACUUAGUACAAGUGAAAGAAGACGAGUACAAAUCAGAUCUUAUAUUUUCAAAGAGCAGACUGACACCAAUAAAAGGAAUGACAAUACCAAGGCUCGAACUGAUGGCAGUUUUAAUAGGAGCUAGAUGUCUUAACUUCGUAGAAAAGGAAUUGAAGUUGCAGUGUAAAAAUGUCGUUCUGCUGACAGAUUCUAAGUGUGUUCUCCAGUGGUUAUCAUCGGACAAAUUACUACCAGUGUUUGUGAAAAACCGUUUGAAAGAGAUCAAAAGUUAUGGCAAUAUAACAUAUCGCUAUGUGAAUACAACGGAAAAUCCUGCAGAUAUAGCAAGUCGCGGAAGUACACUGGUCAAAUUGUUAGAAAAUAGGAUAUGGUGGCAUGGGCCACAAAUGCUAAGGCACAGCAUUUUGGAUUUAUUGAACGGGAAACCAGUAAGUAAAUCUGAACAAGACACUGCUAUAGAAGAUGCUGAAGUUGAAAACAAAGGCGAAAAUAUUGACACGGAGAUGCACUCAGAUAAACAGCCAAUGAAUGAAUCUGAACACAGUGAUGUAUUAGGUGUUAAACAAAACAAUACUAUGGAUUCAGAAGGGAGCUGUCUCUCGACAGACAGCUCCGACGUAGAAAAUGCCCCAUUUGGAAUAAAUAUUCUCGAUUCAUACAAGAAGGAGUUAUGUGUUUGGUGUCCUGAAAUUUGUGUGAAAAUAAAAGCAGAAAUUAAAGUGACGAGGCAUUUAGUGUAUAGUGUCUCUCAUAACAAGUGA